AUGGAGUGUAAUAAGGAAGAAGCUACAAAAGCAAUUAAAAUUGCAGAGAGAAAAAUUUCAGAUAACGACUACAACGGAGCAAAGAGAUUCGUUAGAAAAGCUAAGACUUUGUAUCCAACUCUCGAUGGUUUGGAACAGAUCUCAACUAUGGUCGAUGUUUACAUCUCUGCAUCGAACAAGACAAACGGAAGUGAAUCGGAUUGGUAUGGGAUUCUCGGUGUUGAUCCUUUGGCCGAUGAAGAAGCCGUCAAAAAACAGUACAAGAAGUUAGUACUUUUGCUUCAUCAGGACAAGAACAGGUUUAAUGGAGCGGAAGGCGCGUUUAAGCUGGUUUUAGAUGCUUGGUCUCUGUUAUCUGACAAGGCUAAGAGAGCUGUCUAUGAUCAGAAGAGGAAAAGGAAAGAAGCUAAAGAGAAAAAGAGUGAACCAAAGCCUCCUCCUCCUGCUGCUGCUAGAGAAAAUCCAAAGAGGGCUUUCAAAAAAACGGAAAAGAGGGCACGGCAGGAGCCAGGUGCUUGUAACGUGGAUGGCAAGGCGAAAGAAGCCUCAUCGAAAAAGAAGAAAGUUAGUAGUACCUUUUGGACAAUGUGCACUCAUUGCUUGACAUACUCCGAACAUGUGAGAGCUCAUAGUCUUGACAAGACCUCGUUUUGUCCAUUCUGCCAUGGGAUUUUCGUCGCGACGGAGAAGUUUCCAGAGAUGGUCAAUGGGAAGCCAUUCAUCAGAUUCACUCCUCCUCGCCAACAAGUUACCUUUUGGACAAUGUGCACUCAUUGCUCCACAUACUCUGAGCAUGUGAGAGCUGGUCAUCUUGACAAGACCUUGCCUUGUCCAUUCUGCCAUGGAAUUUUCGUCGCUGCAGAGAGCUUUCCAGAGAUGGUCAAUGGGAAGCCAUUCAUAAGAUUUGCUCCUCCUCCCCCCAAGCCUCAAGCAACAAGCGGAAGCACAAGUGUUACUCCAAACUCUACUCAUGAGGCAGACAUGCAUUUCAAGAAGCCGAUGGCAACAGGACAUCCACACUCUAGAUUUGAAGAUCUAAACUCUACUCAUGAAGCACAGAGGCUUUUUUCAAGAAGCGGACGGACAGGUGUGAAAUAA